UGAUUUAUAAAUUGUGUUAUGCAGCAUCUGUCUUACAGUAAAUACUUUUAACUCAUGACUGGACAGAGACAAACAGGAGGCUAAUGCUGCUGUCCUGCCAGCUCUCUCCCCCGCAGUUUCCUCCCACUGGAUCCCAGGCCUUCAGGAAAAAACAGAAAAGCAGGGUGUGGAGGGACAGUGACCUCCAGCCUGGCAUCAGCGCAUGCUUUAUCAGCCAACCCCUGCUGGGCUCAGACAGUAGCUAAACUGUGAGUGUGCUGAGAUCUACUCGGGGCAGGUCCAGCAGAUAUCACCACUCCUUAAUGCCAGCAGCCAUGAGCAAGGACCGGCAGAGCAAGCAGGUCCCGGACUGCAGCAGACCGCUUUCCCCGGCCAAAGCCCACAAAUCCCCGAGGAUGCCCAAGUGCUCCCGCUGCAGGAACCAUGGAUAUGUGUCUCCUCUGAAGGGACACAAGCGCUUCUGUAACUGGAGAGACUGCCAAUGUCCCAAAUGCAAGCUGAUUACAGAGCGACAGAGAGUCAUGGCGGCGCAGGUUGCCCUGAGGAGGCAGCAGGCUCAGGAAGAGGAGCUUGGGAUUUGUAGUCCGGUGUCUCUGUCCGGUCCCGAGGUGAUGGUGAAGAAUGAAGUUGCAGCAGACUGCCUGUUCUCUGUGGAGGGACGGUCCCUGACACCUACCAGCAGCCCUGCGUCUGCAGUCACAGGGACCCGCUCAGCAUCCUCCUCCAGCCCUUCUGCUGCUGCCAGGGCUCAUACCGAGGGGCCGUCUGACCUCCUGCUGGAAACCUCCUAUUACAAUUUCUACCAGCCUUCACGCUACCCCACCUACUAUGGAAACCUUUACAACUACCCACAGUACCAGCAGAUGCCCCAUGGUGACGGCCGCCUGCCCAGCCACAACGUGUCCUCUCAGUACCGCAUGCAUUCCUACUACCCAGCAGCCACCUACCUGACUCAGGGCCUGGGCUCCACCACCUGUGUGCCACCCUUCUUUGGCCUGGAUGACAACAACAGCUGCUCUGAGACCAUGGCAGCCUCCUUCUCACCCGGCAGCAUCUCCGCUGGUCACGACUCCACCAUGAUCUGCCGCUCCGUCGGCUCCCUGGUUAGCGCCGAUGUCAAGGCCGAGUGUGAGGUCAGCAGCCAAACGGCCAGCUUCACCGUCGACUCCAUGGAAGGUGGUGCGGCCAAGUAAAAGAAGAACAGGAUAAGAUCCUACGACAAAAGCGUUACCAGCUCAGAUGAUGUUCUUAAGAAAACUGUUUGAUUGUUCACUCACACUUCAGUUCUUGUAUUUCUAGUAGUUUUUAGCUGUUAAAUCCAGUUCAGGUUAACAAAUCACAACACACACUAACUGCCCAGCACAGGAAGUCCUCUGAUUAACAUUAAUCAAAACCAAAUGAUUUAACUCUACAGCAGCUCUUCAGAACAGAAAUAAAGUUUUUUCUUCUUUUCUCUUGAUGUGAAAAAGCUGGAACGCAGUAUUUCUGACUCGGGUAGCGCAGUAUGAUGAACUUUCCCAGCCGGUCCAACAACUGGCAGUUUAUUCAAAGACGUGUGUGCACACUUUCACGUUGCAAAGCAAGAAGACUAAAUUAUGAAUCUGGAUUCCUAAAUAAUCACUGUGACAGCCUUUAACAGGGGGAAACUAGCUGCUGUGUACUGAGCAUCCACUCUGGGACACAGAAAUGGAGACUUUAACAUUUGUCUGCAGUACUCAGUAUCACCCAUACAAUGCUCAGCUCUACAUCUGAAAGCACCCAUGAUGCUUUCACGUUAAGCUUCAUGCUGUAGUUUAAAACAGCAUGUAACUGUUCCACUUUUCACUUCUUCAGAAACAGCUUCACUAAACAAAAGCUUCAUUUAAAAAGGAGUUUAGCCAAUUUAUGCAACACGUCACAUAUUUUAUCUCAAAUACUCAAAGUACUUUCUAUACACAAGUUUCCUCUUUGUUACUGGCUGACACACAGUAAGCUUGUGUGUUGUGAUAUCUGUGUCAGCUAAUUAUUGGCUAAUGUAUCAGCUCCACUGAAACAUUCAUUUGCACUGUGGGGAACAAAAAGGAUUUGCCCUGAAAAGUCAGCUGAUUUCUAAAAUGAUAAUAAAAUGUUUAAAAAAGUUUCUGACUUAAAGUUGCCUGAAGCUCCGUCUGGGCCUCGGAUAUCCUCCUGAGGACGAUGUCGAGGGUCAGCGGGGAAAAAAACGCAAACAGACGGGUUAGACACGAACCACGUUUCCGCUGCCGUGUUGGCGUGUGGUGAGCACCGGCUGCUUAGUUAUGGCUCUGAUCCACUGGCAUCAUCUAUUCCACAGUGCUUGCAUGUCUCUUGGCCGGGAGUUUAGCUGUCACCUGGGUUACUCUUUGCAACCUUUUAUACACCCUGUUAGAGCCGAGACCGAGGCCGAGGCUAGGACUGAGGCUGGCAGCCACUUUAAUAGUCAAAAUAUUAUAAAUAUGCCACAUUAUGAGCUUCUGAAAUCUUCAGUUUUGCUGCUUUUUUUUUUUUGUAUGAGAUUAUAGUAAAGUAAAUGUUUUGGGAAAAAUAGGAUCUGUGAAUUAGAGGUUUUUUUUCUACAGGGAGCCCACAUAACUAAUCCAUAUAUCAGAUCAGUAACUGGAACAUUAAAUGGUGAAAAAGAGUUACUUAUAGAGCGGAUAAAGUAACUUAACUCAUUUCUGUUCUCUUUUUAAUUCAUGAACUGAAGACAUAGACCUGCAUUGCCCACUUUUCUGUUAUACACGUAAAUGAAAAAGCAGCUUUUUUGCCUCUGUGAAGCUGACGGGAGCCCUCCUGUACUGCACUCUCUCCGUGUUUUAUAGAGGUUCAUUUCAAACGGCAUGCUUCCAACGUGCUUAUUUGUGUUUGUGUUUGAAUAAGACAGCAACAAAAGUAAUUUGGAGCUUUGGAGUUUAUGUCGCUACAAGUUUUCUGGAAAUAAAAACGCUGGGAUGUGAUGGAGUGUGAAUGCGACCCUGUGCAGAGAACAACAAUAUAAAACAGACAAAGAAAAUUACUUGUAUUUUCUUUCUGCUGCACUGUGGGAACAUUCAUUGGAUUCUGCCCCAUCUGUUGUAAUCAAUAACGUGACCAUCUUGUUUUUUUAUGAAAUGCACUUACUCUUAAUUUCAUCCACCAGUGGUUUUAGAGAGAAGAAUGUGGAGUUACCUAUAAGGCUUUGACAUUAUAAAUCACCUCUUGAGACCAGAUUGUACAGCAGUAUCGAUUGAUCCUGAUAUAUCACAGAAAUUUACUGUCACUUCUGUUUU